ACUGUCAAAACGUUACGGAAUUUUCGGUGUUUUGGUUUGUGGAGUAUUACCGAUCGAUCAAAAUGCCGGAGGCUCCUGCUCGUAAUCCGCUCGAAAGCUUCAUGAAUGCCGUACAGGCAACCAUCGAUGCGCCCGUAACAUGGUUCCGUGAGAAAAUCGUCGAACCUAACCGGCAAACGUACCCGUGGUAUCAUCAGCAGUUCCGCCGUGUGCCCACGAUUGAUCAAUGCUACACUGACGAUGCGGUGUGCAUUUUCGAGGCGAACCAACAGUUUAGACGCGACAAGAUGGUCGACAAUGAAAUUCUGGCUAUCUUGCGCCAACGUUUCGAGGACUGUGUGCUGUACGAGCAGCCCGACCACGAGCGCAAAUGCCGCUCAAUCCUAGACACGUACGAAAAGGCGGCCGAGAACUGGUUUAUCAAGUAUGGCGAUCUCGGUGGUUAUGCGAAUGCGAAGACGGCCUACAUGAAGCAGAAGCACCGUAUGAUCUGGGAAAGACGCCACGGACCGGUUGGUAGCGGUAUGAAGCAGGUUGGCGACGACCAGCAAGCUGCCAGUGACCAUUAGAGACAG